GUUUUUUUUCCUUCUCAAUUUUGACAUUCCUGAUAUUUUCUCAAUUUCUUGUAUUGUCUUCUUUUUCAUUUUCAAUUUGUUCUUCUCGGCUGCUGUUCGAAUUUACAGUCAGAUUGCAGUUUUGGGGAAUGUACACAAAGAAGAAGAUCUUCAAGGCGAAUUCGAGCAAACAGUCACAAUAUUUUCAAUAACAAUGUAAAUCUAAGAAUAGGCUCCAAAUUAAUAAGAAUUCUUAGAAUUGUAAUUGUUGCCAUCUUCCACAAACUUAAUAUCAACCAAAUCAGUACCAAAAUCCUUCCAUGAUGCCAAUUUUAUUUAAAGAAACCCCAAAUUUAUGAAAAUAUCCUGUGGGGAGGGGAUAAGAGCUCAAGUGAGAGAGCAGUGAAGUCAUUCUUGAUUGUGCUGGACGGCUGGAGAAAGAGGAAUGCAUAGUACUUGGUGAAGGGAGUAGACAUUAUUUAAGCUCUGGUCAUGGUUCCUGAGGUAGAUCCAGAUCAUGCUCUGAUGAUUGAAGAAAAUUAUCCGAAUCCAAUGUUAAUUGAUCCAAACAGAGAUCGCUUUCCGUGCUGCAUUGUAUGGUCACCACUUCCUGUCCUGUCUUGGUUUAUCCCUUUUAUUGGGCAUAUAGGGAUUUGUAGGGAGGACGGCGUGAUCUUGGACUUUGCAGGGCCAAACUUUGUUUCUGUUGACAAUUUCACAUUUGGGGCACCAACUCGCUAUUUCCAAGUAAGCAGAGAGCAGUGCUGCUGCCUUUCUCCUUAUUCAGCUGAACCUAUGGGUGAAUAUGUCGAGAACCAUGAUGAAUCUGGAAGCAAUAUUGACACGUGGGAAUCUGCCUUAAGGAAGAGCAUUCAAGAAUUCCAACACCAAUCUUACAGCAUUUUCACUUGCAACUGCCACUCUUUUGUAGCUAAUGGUUUGAACAGGCUGGGGUUUCAUGCUGGUGGAUGGAAUGUAGUCAACCUGGCCAUUUUCAUUUUUCUCAAGGGACAUUGGAUAAAUAAAACAGCUAUGGCUAAAACCUAUUUACCGCCUCUCAUUGUGCUUGGAUUAGGACUCAUUUUUGGAGGAGGGACUUUUCUUACUUACCUGAUGAUUUUCACGUUUGUUCUUAUUGGUUGGUUUCUCCUGGGCACAUACUGUUUCAAGAAGUUGAUCCAUGUGUAGUCAGUUACUUGGGAUUAUUUGACUCGUAUAGUCUUAGCACUUGUAAUUUUGGACAUGAUACAAGCAACUUUAGUUGAUAUACUCAAAUGUCUUAGAGCUGGUAACUUCAAGUUCUGUAUAUGUCAAAGAUGCUCAGUUAGAAAAGCUGGCGUCAGUUCCUUUUGAAAGAUUUUUGAAAGUGCAGCUGUUUCAUGUUCCAUUGAGACAUGAUGUAGGAGAGGCUUGAACUUAUGGGAUGUCCCAGCAGAGACAAGAAGCUUGAUUUUUUCUCCAAGGAAAAUAAAAAGAAACGUGAAAAUUGUAUUUUUGGUGGGUAUCUUAAUCUAGAAUUCUGUUGUUGU